CUCUCCUCCCCAAUGACAGCUCGGGGCCUGGAGGAGUUUCUGUGUCCAUUUCCUCAUCAAACAACCUGCCGGGUGAUUGACUGGGUGAAGGAGGAGGUUCAACGCCAGAGUGGAAACACAGUGAGUGAAGCUGGUAAAAGGAGCCUCCUGAACACAUUGCACUACCUGUUUGAGUCUCAGAAUAGUGGACUGGCUCAGGCCGCACUGGAAUCUGUGGAAACACUUUCAUUCCGUGGAAUGACACUGACCCCGAUUGACUGCGCGGUCCUGUCUCAUGUCAUCGGACUCUGUGAUACAAUAAAACACCUGGACCUGGGGAACUGCCACAUUCAGUGUGAAGGAAUCCAGCGGCUGGGUCCCGGGCUGCACAAGUGCCAGGAUUUGAGACUUGGGGAGAACGACGUGGGAGAUUCAGGAGUGAAACUGGUGUCUGCGGCUCUGAGGAACCCGGAGUGUAAAAUACAGAAACUGGAGCUGUGGGGUGUCGGUCUCACAGAUUCUGGUGCAGAGGAUCUCGCCUCCGCUCUCAGUACAAACCCAUCACUGACGGAGCUGAACCUGAGUUAUAAUAAACUGGGAGAUUCAGGAGUGAAACUGGUGUCUGCGGCUCUGAGGAACCCGGAGUGUAAAAUACAGACACUGUGGCUGAACAAUGUCGGUCUCACAGAUUCUGGUGCCGAGGAUCUCGUCUCCGCUCUCAGUACAAACCCAUCACUGACGGAGCUGAACCUGAGUGAUAAUAAACUGGGAGAUUCAGGAGUGAAACUGGUGUCUGCGGCUCUGAGGAACCGGGAGUGUAAAAUACAGAAACUGUGGCUGAUCCGUGUCGGUCUCACAGAUUCUGGUGCCGAGGAUCUCGCCUCCGCUCUCAGUACAAACCCAUCACUGACGGAUCUGAGCCUGGGAUCAAACUCUCUGACAGACCAAUCUGUCCCCGCUCUCCGCCGCCUCAUACUGACCCUCCGGAGUCUGGAGUGGAUCUGGCUGGAGGGGAAUCUGUUCAGUGAGACCGGGGAGAAUGAACUGAGAUCUCUGCGGGGAGUCAGACCCGGACUGAGAGUGUGGAUCUGAACAUCUGAAUGUGUGAACAUCCCCGCCCGCUGGAUGGGGACAUUUGGCCAACUCCCCGCCCACCCCUUUAACUCCCGCCCUUACCUUUAACGGCCGCGCGCCGGGGCUGAUUCCCAACGGUUUUAACGGACCCGGCUCGGGCCCCGCGCUGCGUCCCGCAGUGACGUGUUUCCGCCUGUUGUCCGCCGGAAGUGCGAGUUCGAGACUCCCACGUGACACGCCGGAGAAUUACCAAGACAGGAAGAACCCCGGGGCCGGGGCUCAGUCUGGGACACCGGUGUCCCGGGGUGGGGGCGAUGAUCCCGGGAGAGAAUCCUUUUGCCCCCUUUCUGAGGAAGGUGCAUUCGGCAGCCUGGCCGAUAUAAUGAUGUUAAAUGGACAAAUCCCUCGGCAGUGACCCUGGAUCUGCAGCGAUCCCGGACACAGCCCUGAAGUGUGAUUUUAUAAUCAUCGGUUCCCCGGUGCAGAGUGACGGUGAGAAACGGGACUGAUUGUUCAACCGGUCACUCCUUGUCGCCGGUCAGUUAAUUGUGUGUGACUGUGAGCAGAUUAUUUAUUCCCGCACGUCAGCAGCUCAUACAUUGUUUAAGUUACUUUUGUAAAUUUACUCACACCCGGGACCAGCCACAGAGAGAAUUGUCCUCCACACUGUCCCAUCACACACUUGCAAUGCCAAACACACAGUGAAGUUCCGUCUGCACCAUUCCAUCACUCAAUGAAUUCCACCCUGCAAAAUCUCAUUUCAAGGAAGCAGACACCAUCAAUUUGCGGGAGACUCCCGGAACUCCCGGGAGAAGUGGGAUGUCUGCAAGAGAGUAGCUCCUUAGCGGCCAGCCAGCGAGUUUAAAUAGCGUUAGCUAUGCGAAUGAACGAAUGACACCCGUUAAACUCACCUCAACAGUGAUUUAACCCCCCACGGGCAAUAGAAAAGUCACUGUUGCAAACAGUGCAGCGAGCAACACUGUCAUUAUUCCUGACCCCUAUUAGGCAGAGGUACACUUUAGUGUAGUCUGUGGUGAAGUACGUUUAGUAUUUUCUUUUUUUUUUAAAUACUCUGCCAUGGAGCGCUCUCUCCCUCUCCCUGCCCCUCUCAAAAAAAUCGAUUUGCGGGAGAUUGUAUAUAAUUCGCGGGCGUCAGGGAGCCGCGAACAAUAUGCGGGAGACUCCCGGAACUUCCGGGAGAGGUGGGAUGUCCGACGCUUCACUUGAAAUGGCCGCUGGGGAGGGAGUGACGGCUUUGGUAGAAGUGAGCACAAGAGAGGGAGGGACGCGCUGAUUUAAAAUGGGCGAAUCCUUGGUUAAUGUGGCCGCCAGGGAUGGAGUGAGACACUGACUUACAAUGGCCACUGUGACACACAGAAUCUAUGGUGAAGGAACGUGCGGUGCCCAUGGAUACAAUCCCGGAAUCGAGUGUGUUAUUGAUUGUAAUAACAGUAUUUUAAUUUGUGUUUUAUAUUGUCU